AUGAUUGAGAAAUUAUCUGAAUGCGACUUAUCAGAGAAAAUGGAAGAUAUAAAGAAAAUAAUAAUUGAAGAAAUACGAAGGAACCUAAUAUACAAAAAACCAAUAGGACCAAUAAUGAGUUCAAAGGAUAUAUUAACUUUAAGUCAGGAACAAGAAUCAAAGUUAACAGAAGAGGUACAUGAAUUAGGCUUACAUGUUAAUAGCAUACAUCACAAUUCUACACCUGCAUUUCUAUAUGAAAUGGCAUUAAAGUAUGAGUCCAAUUCUUAUAUAACAAGUACUGGAGCAUUAUGUUGUAUAUCAGGAGAAAAAACAGGUAGAUCCCCUUCUGAUAAAAGAAUUGUUAAGGAGAAAAGUUCAGAAAAUGACAUAUGGUGGGGAAAUGUAAAUAUUCCAAUUAAGGAAAAAUCUUAUGAAAUAAAUAAAAGUAGAGCAAUAGACUAUCUAAAUUUACAACCCAAUUUAUAUGUAAUUGAUGCAUAUGCAGGUUGGGAUGAAAGAUGCAGAAUAAAAGUAAGAGUUAUAACAUCAAGAGCAUACCAUGCAUUAUUUAUGUUAAAUAUGCUUAUACCACCUAAGAAUAUGGAAGAAAUUCAAAAUUUUGUUCCAGAUUUUAUUAUUUAUAAUGCUGGAGAUUUUCCAUCAAAUCGAUUAACAGAAGGUAUGUCUAGUAAAACUUCAGUAAUUUUGAAUUUUGGGACAAUGAAUAUGGUCAUAUUAGGUACACAAUAUGCAGGAGAAAUGAAAAAAGGAAUAUUAACUUUAUUUAUGUAUAAAAUGCCAAAGGAAGGAAAGUUACCAUUACAUUCCUCAUGCAAUAUAGGAGUAAAUAAUGAUGUUACUUUAUUUUUUGGUUUAUCUGGAACAGGCAAAACAACUUUAUCUGCAGAUGCAAAUAGGUAUCUUAUUGGAGAUGAUGAACAUGUAUGGACGGAUGAUGGCAUUUUUAAUAUAGAAGGAGGAUGUUAUGCUAAAUGUAAAGGAUUGUCAAAGAAACAAGAACCAGAAAUUUAUAAAGCAAUAAAAUUUGGUGCAAUACUAGAAAAUGUAGUUAUGGAUCCAAUUACUAGAGAAGUAGAUUACAAUGAUUGUUCAAUUACUGAAAAUACGAGAUGUGCUUAUCCCUUAUCUUAUAUAGACAAUGCCAAAAUACCUGCACAUAUAAACAGUCAUCCCAAAAAUAUUAUUUUACUAACUUGUGAUGCCUUUGGUGUUAUUCCUCCAUUAUGCAAAUUAGAUGUAUAUCAAAUGAUGUACCAUUUUGUUAGUGGAUACACAAGUAAAAUGGCAGGAACAGAAGAUGAUAUAUUAAAACCGACAGCUACUUUUUCUUCUUGUUAUGCUGCUCCAUUUUUAGCUCUCCAUCCAAUGGUUUAUGCAAAAAUGUUAGCAGAAAAAUAUCAAAAACAUAAAGCAAAUGUAUGGUUAUUAAAUACUGGUUGGAUUUUUGGUCCAUAUGGAUCUCAAAACGGUGUGAGAAUACCAUUAAAAUAUACUCGUACAUUAGUAAAUUAUAUACAUGAUGACAAACUAAAUGAUAUUGAAUACAAAAGAACUCCCAUUUUUAAUUUUAAUAUACCUGUUCAUUUAGAAGGCAUACCCGAUGAGGUUUUGGAUCCUUUAAUUGGAUGGAAAGACAAAGAAGAUUAUUUAAAAAAUCUUCGUAAUUUGGCUAAUGAAUUUAUAAAUAAUUUUAAACUUUUCUCAGAUAAAGCAGGUCCAGAUAUUAUUUCUGGGGGACCUCAACUUUAA